AUGCCUACAGCAGUGGACUCCUCAAGUUCGAAGAAGCGCAAGAACACCAAGAAUGCCGGUGCCCCCUCGUCCAAGCGCCGCGCUGUGGCCGAGGAAGAUGGCUUCGCCGAGACACUGUCAAAGGUCCAAGAGCUGGAGAAUCAAAUUGCGGAGUCGCGCAAACACUACAACAAUAUUGCAACUUUGAUAUCGAUGCUGAACGUGGAACCAUCGGCGAAAAAGCCAGAGCUAGCAGUGGCAGUCUCGCUUUGCAGAGUAUUCAGCCGAUUGAUGGCGGCGGGCAACCUUUCCGAGAGCAGUCGCGAUGCUGAAAAUGAGAAGAUUGUGGUGGCAUGGUUGAAGGAACGAUGCUCGGAAUACCAGCGCGCAUUGCUAUCUAUCAUUCGUGAGGCUGAUAGUACCUCUCAGGUUACGGCCCUUACCCUAAGCAUGCGCCUCGUGAAAGAAUACGUUACACACAUUCAGGGAGCAGACAGCAGUAUCUGGUCCGGUCUGUUCAAGGACAUUAUCGAGGCUCUCGUGGAGGCCCAGGACGGCGAGGACGUGCGGGCAGAAUUCGUCACCAAGUUCAUGAAAGAAUAUGAAGAUAUCCGAUACCAAACAUUUGCGCAAAUAGCUGAGUAUGCUUCUACUCGACGAAAGACCGACACCAUCGAGAUCCUCAUUUCCCUCCUCUCGACCUGCGACGAAGCCCCGAGCCCUGAUCACGAAAUCGACUUUGAAAACUUCUUCGCAAAGCCCGACCCAAAUAAUAAGCGACUUCGCACUGUCCAUGGCCACAAGAGACGGGCGCAGGACGCAUGGCUGGCCAUUCUUCGGAAUAACCUCUCCCAAGCGCAACGAAAGGCCCUUCUGCGUAUUAUGGUCCACACCAUCGAGCCCUGGUUCACCCGCCCCGAACUCCUGAUGGAUUUCUUGACGGACUCUUACAACGAGGGUGGGGCCACUUCUCUGCUCGCCCUGUCCGGUCUUUUCUACCUGAUUCAACAGAAGAACCUUGACUACCCGCAAUUCUACGCCAAACUCUACUCGCUCCUCGACGCAGACCUCCUGCACUCCAAGCACCGAUCACGCUUCUUCCGCCUAUUGAAUAACUUCCUCGCCUCGACCCAUCUUCCUGCUACCCUCGUGGCAAGUUUCAUCAAGCGUCUCUCUCGUCUCGCACUCAAUGCGCCUCCCUCGGCUAUUGUCGUGAUUGUGCCGUUCAUGUACAACCUUUUCAAGAGCCACCCCACUUGUACAUUUACAAUGCACCGUGAGAUCCGUGACCAGAAAUCUGCCGCAGAGAUCGAGUCUGAAGGCUUUGAGGAUCCCUUCGAUCCGAAUGAGACAGAUCCCACCCGGACCAAUGCCAUCGAAAGCAGUAUCUGGGAGAUCGAAACUCUCCAGUCUCAUUACCACCCUAACGUCGCAGCCAUUGCCCGAAUUAUCUCCGAGCAGUUCACGAAACAGGCUUAUAGCCUGGAGGACUUCCUUGACCACACCUAUCAGGGUAUGGUGCAGGGUGAGCUCGGUACCGGGGAGAAACCGCUGCGCAAGGUUCCAGUGGUCGAGUACCAAAUCCCGAAGCGUAUCUUUACGGACCGCUUACUGGAAGAAGAUGACGGUGUGGACUCUGGAGCCGGUUCUUUCAUGCGUGGACUGUGGGACUUUUCAUCCUAA